AUGGAAGAAGAAGAAGCAGAAGGAAGAAGAAGAAGAAGAAGAAAAAGAAAAGAAGCAGAAAAGAAAAAGAAAGCCGGAGCCACACAGAGACUUGAUAUCAACAACAACAACAACAACAUCGACAUCACCUACAGAUAUAAAGAGGAAGAAGAUGAGAUAUAA